AACGAGUGAAGCGUCAUCCUUUCUGAUGUAGAGCGGCGCGGCGGCCUGUCUUCUGCUGCUCUCCGUUUCUCCUGCAGUCUCACCGUUUCAGCACCGGCGUUUUAGCUCUUAUCCCCCCGCUAACGAUGACGCGAAGGUCGCAGCUCGUCGCCGCGUGCUUGCUGCUUGUGACCGCUCUCACCUGGGAGGCUUCAGCCAGCGGUUUGGUGAACGAGGACGUGAAGAGGACGGUGGACCUGAGCACUCAUCUGGCUAAGAUCACCGCGGAGAUCGUGCUGUCCAACCACGGCCAGACCUCCGUCCAGAGCUUCAUACUGGCGGUAGAUGCCGACCUGGCACCUCGCAUGGCGUAUAUCGGAGCUUCGGUGAAGGGUGAUGAAGAGGAGGAUGGCACGCUUGAACUCCAACAGACGUCAAUCCAGGGACAAAGAGGGGAGUUCUACAAAGUGCUGCUGCCCUCCAGUCUGCCCGCCGGUGGUCAGCUGAAAGUGAAGGCUGAGAUGACCUUCAGCCACGUCCUGAGGCCUUUCCCUAACCAGAUCACCCAGGCCGAGCGUCAGCUGGUCAUCUUCCAGGGCAACCACUAUCUGUACUCCCCGUAUCCCACCCGCAGCCAGACCACCCGUGUCCGUCUGGCCUCCAAGACCGUGGAGAGCUACACCAAGCUGGGCAACCCCACCAAGACCGACGAGAUCAUCGAGUACGGCCCGUUCCGCGACGUCGCGCCGUUCAGCGAGGAUGCGAUGAAGAUCCACUAUGAAAACAACACACCCUUCAUCACCAUCACCAGCAUCACUCGCACCAUCGAGGUGUCUCACUGGGGGAACAUCGCCGUCGAGGAAACCAUCGACCUGAGGCACACCGGAGCCGUCCUGAAGGGCCCUUUCUCGCGUUACGACUACCAGCGGCAGUCGGACAGCGGCAUCUCCUCCGUCAAGUCCUUCAAGACCAUCCUUCCGGCCUCGGCUCAAGACGUCUACUACCGGGACGAGAUCGGCAACAUCUCCACCUCCCACCUGCAGGUUCUGGAUGACUCUGUGGAGGUGGAGGUCAGACCGCGCUUCCCCCUCUUCGGAGGCUGGAAGACCCACUAUAUGAUCGGCUAUAAUCUGCCAAGCUACGAAUACCUCUACACCCUCGGCGACCAGUACGCCCUGAAGAUGAGAUUAGUCGACCAUGUCUACGACGACCAGGUCAUCGACUACAUGACGGUGAAAAUCAUUCUGCCAGAAGGCGCAAAAAACAUUCACGUGGAGACACCUUAUAAAAUCGACCGCAUGCCAAACCAGCUGCACUACACGUAUCUGGACACCUUCGGUCGACCCGUGCUGGUAGCAACAAAGAACAACCUGGUGGAGCAGCACAUUCAGGACUUUGUGGUUCAUUACAACUUCAACAAGAUCCUGAUGCUCCAGGAGCCUCUCUUGGUGGUGGGAGCCUUCUACAUACUCUUCUUCACCGUCAUCAUCUACGUACGGCUGGACUUUGCCAUCACCAAGGAUCCUGCGGCGGAGGUGCGGAUGAAGGUGGCCUCCAUCACGGAGCAGGUGCUGACGCUGGUGAACAAACGUCUGGGCCUGUACCGCCACAUGGACGAGGUGGUGAACCGCUACAAACAGUCCCGCGACACGGGCGCGCUCAACAGCGGCCGCAAGACGCUGGAGGCCGACCACCGCACGCUCACCAACGAGAUCAGCUCGCUGCAGGCCCGGCUCAAGACCGAGGGCUCCGACCUGGCUGAGAAGGUUGGAGAGAUCCAGAAGCUGGACGGCCAGGUGAAGGAGUUGGUGAGCCGCUCCUGCUCGGAGGCGGAGCGGCUGGUGGCCGGCAAGGUCAAGAAGGAGGCUUACAUCGAGAGCGAGAAGACUCUGACCGGCAAGAGACAAGAGCUCAUCAGCCGCAUCGACAGUCUGCUGGACGCCCUCUAAGCUCCGCAUACGCGCCACCCCUGCUUUCAGCAUCGAGUAUUUGUAUGAAAAUGACAUGAAAUGUGACACGUUCUUAAUUUUUUUUUUUUUUUUUUUUUAAAACAUCAUUGCAUCCAGACAUGGACUAUCAACAUCUGGUUUUAUGGAAGUGAGUUUAUCUGGACACGUGCCUCUGUGCCUGGUGAUAAACUCGGUUUCUGCUCUUUAUUUGCUCCGCCCCUUAAUCGCUCAGAUGUCAUGUUCUUAUCUUUUCCCUGUGAAGCAUGCGUGGUUUAGGGAAUUGUGUUUUGAAACGGCCUCACGUCUUUACUCGCACGUACUGGAUUCUGAAAGCGAAGCGCGUAGGUGGCGAAGACCAUGCUCUGUUCCGUGCCGACCUCGGCCGCGGUUUUCGGCCCCCGGACUGACGUUUAAAAUUUGAAGCUCUGAAUCUGCAUCAAGGCCGCCGCUCGUUUUUUGAUGUUCCUGAGUCAUUUUCUACAUUUUGUAUGAUUUUGAUUUUUUUUUUUUCUUUUCUUUUUUUUUUGACUCUGAGAUUAAAGACUAAAGGAGAUUGGACUGUGUUGAAGACAAGACAUGGAAACCAUUGUUUUGGGAAAGGGGCAUUGAUAUGGUUAUUGGUUAAAUUUGGAAAUAAAGUUUGGAGAAACUUG